AUGAAAGCCUACUUGUCGUUGUGUCUCCUCGCCGGCGUUCUCAUUGCUGUUUCGGGAAAAUAUCAAGAGAUUCGUGUCAAGGGAACCACCAUUUGCAACAAGAAGCGAGCGCACGAUGUGAAAGUUGAGCUCUACGAUCGCGAUACUUUGGAUCCAAAUGAUCUCCUCGCCACCGUUGUCACCAACACCGACGGAGAGUUCGAGAUCAGCGGAGGAGAAGAUGAGGUCGGCAAGAUCGAGCCCUUCAUCCGACUCACCCACUCGUGCAACACCAAGCCAGGAUGCAAGCGAAUCGGCGACUACGAGGUCCCCCAAUCGUUCAUCGACAGCGGAAUCUACGAUAUGACCUAUGUGACUCUCGAUAUCGCCGUGCACAAGGAGAAGGAGAAGUGCAGC